UGAAGUCAGAACGUUUUUAGACAUGAAGAAGAACGUCAGUAUCAUCCUCCUGCUAACAUUCGUGUUAUCGUGUGCACAAGCAGACGAGCACGAGCGACGACGGAACACGCCGCCGGAACUAACGUCGGGGUCGGUCGUCAAAACGUCGAGUGAUGAAGAACCCCAGACACGUCUUCUCUCCUUCAUCCCUGUCACGGCGACUGUCAGUUUAAACGCGGGGCGCAACAAUGCGCAUUCUGUCAGUCUGGGUGCAAGCCUCGACGGUAUUAGUCUCUCGGAAAGUAACAGUUACAACUACCCCACAAGAUAUGGAAUUGAUGGAUCUUCAGUUUCCGUAAGCAAAUCUACGACUGUUGCUGCAGGAUUAUCAGGAAUCUCUACAGCAGGCGCGAAAGCUUACAAUGAUGGUAAUAAUGUCAAAACUGAAAGCCAUUCACUCAGUUUUGGUCAAGCAAGUGCAACUUCUUUCGGAGCAGUCGAAAAUGGACAUGCAAUUACUGGCGCCGCGUCUUCCAUUGGUGGCUCGCAAUUCUCUGUUGAAACUGGCGGUAAUCAAAAACAAUUCUCGCAGGCCGGUGCCAUUAAUGCGCAAUAUCCGUAUCGACCGGCAUGGAACAAUGUUGGUCCAAACGAUGGGCGCAACGAUCGACGUUUCAAUCGACCUACGUUGACCAUCUGGAAACCACAUGAUGGAAGACGGCCGACAUUGAAUAUCGAUUCGUGCACAUCCAGACGAGAAGAAAGGCCAACGAUUCAUAUUCAUCAAUGGCGACCUGAUCACCGAAUAUUUUCUCGACCAGAGCUAUCGAUCAAACAUCAACCGCGCGAUCCUUGGAAUCAUCAAAUUCGUGGAUCGCCGAGUCUUCAAGUAAGCUCUUCCUCUUACGGGUUUUCAGGAUCUUACGAUGAUCCGGUCUCUCAGGACAAUGCAGGUCCUACGAGUUUUGCGUCCUCGUCGAUCGAUCAGGAAUAUACCUUAGGGAACGCUCAAAGUUGGGAAAGUGCGUCUUCUAAUCAUGAUUCUAGUGAUUCCUUCGAUGAAGACAAUUCCAAAGGUACGUCGACCUCGGGACGCCAAGGUGGGAAUUCCGUGACGCGGGUCAAUGCUCAAGCAAUUGCGUCGUCCGUAGACGGGUCCUUCGUUAAAUUCCCUGAAGGUGGGAGUAUGCUAAGUCAGAUUAUACCAUUGCAAUACGUCGGAAACCGAGAUUCUGAGCAAGGACAAUCCGACAGUGAUGUAUUAUCUGAUCUCGCGCAGACUGUUGGCGAAUUGCUCCACGUUGUUUGAUGGAAACGAAAAGAGAUGUGUAUUUACAGCACUUAUUUAAUAUCAGCUUGAUUUUUAUGUCACACAAAUAUUUUUGUAUUUAUUGUGUAGUCAAUCUCAAUAAAGCGAUCGAAUAAAUCUA